CCAUGAAGACCAUUGUCAUUUUCCUGUGCCUGUGUAUCGGAAGCGCCCUAGCGCAACAGAACUGGACGGACAAACCGCAAUACGAAAAAUACAAUGAGUGUGUGAGGGCCAUAGGAAUCAUGGCAGACAUCGUCAAAAAAAUGGUCACCAAUCCGGUGGACCAGAAGGAGCUCGAUUGCAUGACUGCUUGUACGAUGAAGGAUGGUAUCGAAGAUGGUUCGAUAAAUGUAGACGCCGUCAAAAAGGUAAUCUUGGAUGAUCUGUCCACAGAUGACAUUCUAAAUGCUGUAAAGAAAUGUGAGAACGUCACUGGAGAGAACGAGUGUAAGAAGUCCGUGGAAGCGGUGUAA